UUGCUAGUGUCAAUUCAUUAACUUUUAUCAAAUAGUGUUCUCAGAGUAAAAUUGAGCCAUAAAGGCGUGAAAUAAUCUACUGCAUUUAUUUUGUGAUUGCCAAUGGCAUCAAGUAGGCUUGAGCCGACUGAGGUUGUGGGCAAGCAAGGCCCUGGUGUGUAUUACAACCUGCCAGCUUCCGCCUCUUGUGAGAAGCCCGAGUGUUUGCCCGCUGAUGCAGCUGCCCUGACUACGCUGCUCCCUGCAUCCUUUACUUCAGUGAACGAUCACAGUGCGCCUCUUCAACCUAUCUGUCGUGAAAACAUUACCGCCAGUCGUCAAGGGUUUAGUAAGAAAGCAUCGCCCAGUAAACUGCCAGUUCUCAAACAUAAGACUGGUCCAGUUCCUUCUAAAAGAACUUCGCUGAGUAGGGUGCUCAAGAUUAGAAAUAAAGAAAAAGACGAAGUGCUUCCAAAUAAUUGUGCCACUGAAAGUGAUCAGUUAAGCAAGAAUUCAGUCGAUGUUCUUAACCAAGCAAUUUUCGUAAAUAAUGUCCAUUCAAACAGCCGAGAAAUUCCUUCAGAGUCAAAGCCCGCGAAGAAGAAAAGUUCUUCAACCAGCAGCCUUUUCGGUUCUUGGCUUAGGAAGAAAGGGAAAGAAUCCAAUUCCACCACUGACCUGAAGCCGACUUUGUUGCCCAGCGCAGUGGAGACCCCAGAAACAUGCACGCGAGACAACAGCAGUUUGGAUUGUAACGAACAUCUCGAUCCAAAUCUUCGCUCGACUGAAACUCUAUGCGCACCACAACGAGCUAGCUUCACGUUAUCGCCGCGCGCCGUCUCAGGAAUUUCGUGGAAGUUUGAUGACCUUCCUCCAGCUGACAUCGCAGCCAACCUAGAGGAGAAUUACAGAGCCAGCAAUGAGGAUCCUCACAGAAGUUCUAAAUGUUUGAACUUGUCCCCUUCCUCAGACACAAUGUCCCGAGCAUCAUCUGUAGACAUUUACUCGAAUCAAAUAGACAUGAACCUCACAAACUCAAUUCUGGAAUCAUUUUCCGACAACCUCUCCAUAGCAAGCGAUGGCACCAUGGUAGGACAGAAUAGUCACGUUUCUGAUGAUAGAAUCAAAUGCAUAGCUUCUUCCAAGGUCGAGUACUGCAAUCUUGCAUGGAUGACUUCGUCAGUCCAUGAGGAGGACCAAAGCGACGUGCGUGUCGUUGAGAAUCUCUUCCAUGGCUGUCCUGACAACACUUCAUGUUUGCGUCCUGAGGCCGGAGUCAAUCUUUUCAACUGCGCUAGCGGCACCUCGACUGAGGCAAAGAAUUUACGAGUUACGUCCGCCCACAAUAUGGGCUAUCCGCUGGUCGUAAAUGCAAGUGACGAUUUUUCUUCUUCGUCUAAACCUAAUUUAGGACUAAUUGCGAAUGGCGUCAGCGUGCCUCACUGCUGGCUGCACCUUCUUAGUCCUACUGAACUUUCAGAGCCAGCAGAUCAGGAACGCGAAAUCAAAUUGGGAACACGAGUGCAAGAGAAAGUCGAUCAAAUUAUGAACGGAAAUGGAGACGGGCGUAUGUCAUGUGAAAAUCUUAUUGAAAAUGAUUAUAAUUCUACUAGAAUUUCAGAGGUAGGCCAAGAUAAAUCUCACCAAUCAGAUCAGUGCUCAGAAAAUAAAAUGCCUAUGAACAGAUUAGUUGCUGCAUUUCAAAAUGAGAAUUCGUCUAUUGUUUAUCAUUUCAUAAAGGACGAAACGAAUGCUGGCUCUGGCGUGGAACCUUUAUCUGAUAGUAACGUGAUAAGUCAGGAGGUCACUAUCGCUGGAAUCAAAGAAUCCAUCAGUAAAUUGGCCACUCGGCCUAAUGCUGAUAUCACGAACAUAAAUAUUGAAUCACAGAUUGAUUUUGGACGCGAACAAUUAUCGACCUCGAAUUCUAUGCGCAACGCUGUCGUUUAUGAAGUUAAGGACAUUGUGGUUAAACCUCUUAGCAGCGACCGCAGAGAAAUCUUGGUUAAUGCGCCACUUGAUGUACCAAGACCUGCAGAUUCUUCUAACCGAGUUACUCUCAUCCCUGACUCCACUACUGCUGAAUGCACCUCGGAAAUGUCUAAUGACCCAUCGUCAUCACAUCUUGCUGGCUGCUCUGUGACAUCUUCUAAUGAUAUACAUCAGCAAAAUUUUACUGCCAACGCUACGGAUUGCGAACUGAAAACAUCAGCCUCUUACGAUGAGUCAACGGCUUUUUCUCUUGCCAACGUAGCGGCUAAUGUACCGAGGUCUUCAGGGCAGUCGGCAUCAGGGACGCAUCUCGGAGAUAGCGUCAGGACUAACGGGUUACACAAGGCGGUCGCUGAUGUGGACACAACUGAUACGGAUGACGAUGAACUGGAGCGAGCGAUAUGCAGUCAGACGGCAAGUAGCGUGAGACCAGCAGAGUCGCAGAGCUCUUCUCCAGCAGACAUCUAUAGUCAGAGCUACACCGCCAGGGCAUCUUUUGUCAAGCCUAAAAUUGUUAAUUAUCAACGACCAUCUGUUCCAACCGAAAACAUGUCAAGUGGUGUGAAUCCCACUGGGUUUUCUAACGAUCUUUACGUCCUGUGCGCUAACGAUGGAUCGAUGCCAGUUUUGCGUUGCGAUAAUACACAAUCGCCAACACAAUUACCUAGAACAUUCACGUACCGAGACUUGGCCGGCCAACACCUCGACUCAGCAAUGAACGAAAGAUAUCCAAGACUGGUGUCCAGGGAUGGGGCUCAGCUGGCUAUGCCUCAGCCUGCCGAAUUUGAGCCCGGUGAGUUCAGCAGUCUGUUGUUGCCGCGUCUGUUUACUCUGGACUCCGAGAGCGGAGUUUCCGAUAGAGACAGAAAAAUAAUACGAAAUAUGAGAACCAACUUGGCCGAUUGGCAGAAGAAGAGCGAGUGGCUCAGCAAGAAGAAACGAAUGAAAACUUUCAAGAAGAUGGGAGGCGCCUGCAGCGAGGUUGUUAUCCUGCACGCCAGCGACGGCGCCCCGUGGGCGCGCUACCUUGCCUCCCUCCUGACGAGCGCCCUCACGUACCGCCUGGGGGACGACGCCUGUACCGGCGGGGCGAGUGGUGGCAGCGCCUGUACCGGCGGGGCGAGUGGUGGCAGCGCCUGUACCGGCGGGGCGAGUGGUCCACAAACCGGGUUCACGUGGGUUCCGGUUGCUGGUUCAUGUCGACAGAAGAUACAUCAUCGCCCCAGCGUGGAGUGUCGCAACGUCGAGCGUAUCCUUGGUCCCAGCGUUCCUCCCAUCCUAGCACAGCGACUGCACUCCGCCAGGGUACAGAUCGUGGUGAUGACGCCUGGCUUCCUGAGCCACGUCAACGACCCGCAGCUGGAGCUCGGCUGCGUGCUCGUCCCCAGACGAAUACUCGGCCUCCUCGUCGGCACCUCCUGCGACCACGUCAACGACCGCCAUCUUGGAGCAUUGAUAUCAUUCCAAGAGUGGCCACUGCUGACUGUGGCACAGCCCAGCGUGUGGCUGUGCGCCGCUGUGGUGAGCCGUGCGCUGUCUGUGCUGUGCAGCAGUCGCGUGUACAGCGGGUACAGCGAGGAGCCUUCCCGUGGUGCCUUCAGGAUCUCGCCCUCCAAGGUGACGGAGAGCCAGCGUCAGGUCUACCUGCUGGUGGAGGACUCAGACUCAGGGGCGGGACAGGGAGAGCUUGUGUCUCUGGAGGGCGUCGCUAGGGACGACGUUGUGAUCCAUGUGAUGCUUGAAGGCGUCACAGCGACGCGCGUGCACAACUGGAAGUACCACAACCCCUACUGCGUCUCCUUCAGGAUGCCAGACGAGGCGAUGCGCACGUCUCGCCUGGUGGAGGUGACGCUGGCGCUGCCGGGGGCGACGCUCGGCGCCCGUAAAAUAAAAUGCGAGAGCAGACAAGACACCAUCGCCGCCCUCCUGCUGACGCUGUCAGACGGCGCUGACGUCAUGAGUCAGAGUCUGGGCGUCGCCCCCAGGAGCCUAGACGCGCACCUUGCCUCCUGCCUGCGCCGCGGUCUGCCGCCCUUCACGGGCGCCCCACUAGCAGCACACCUCCCGCCGCCCUCCCGCCUCUCCUGCAGCAGCGCACAACCGCCACCUGGAGACUGUCGCUCGCCAAGUCAUCUACCGACGUGGCUCCACUUCGCGGCGCACCACGGGCUGCUGGAGCUGACGGCGGCGCUGCUGACGGUGCCGGGGUGGCGGGAGGCCGUGCGGUUGCCCAACUGCGAUGGCCUCACCCCUGACAGGCUGGCCCAGGCCAACGCCCACGACAAUCUCGCUGAGAGGCUCGAAUAUCUUGCCCUGCUGGUAACGGACGAGUCGCUGGCGGAUUUCGAAGCUCCGCCGAACCUCUCUGAGCUCUCGAACUGCAGCGCCACCAGGGCAGACUGCCUCCACUCUCCGAGAGCUGAGGGCUUCACUCGUAGCUCUACUGGCUGCAGUACCGGCAUUGCGGACUGCCUCCAGUCCCCGAGAUCUAAGGAUAUCACAAGGACCUCCUCCACAGGCAGCAACCGCAGCCAUGACUUAUCCUGCAACGCUGCUUCCCCAAGGCGGUCGCGCUUCACUUGCAGUCCCUCUUUACUGUGUGCUUCACAUCCCAAAAAAUGUCUGGAUUUGGCUGUCAAUUCCACGACUAUUUCUGUUUGCGCUUCAGCUACGCCAAUCUCAGAAGUGACAACUUGUGUUGAUGGAUCAAAGGAGCACAAAAUUGGGUGUCAUGUGAAGCAAGUCCAGGGACAUCAAGUCCUCCGUCGCUCUCCUUCGUCAGAUGGAGCCCAUGAGUCGACAGGAGUUUUUGAAUCGAAAACAACUGCCAGAAGUGAGGCCGCUGCCACCUAUGGAACAGGGGAACGUGCUCUAAAAAAUGCUGCCGUAAAUAAUUCGGAUCGCGAGACUUGCGCAAAAAGCAGAAAAGAAUUGCCAUUGCACCGCACUAUUGGUGCCAAUUAUGACACGGUGUCUCUUCCGAGGCCUGUGCUUCACGCUGGUCUCUUUGAAGAAAGUAUGCAAUCGGUCACGUUAGGAGGCCCUCGUGCAAGGCCUGUUGUCUUCCGCAGACAGCGAUCAGACGAGUCUAAUUCUAGGGAAACUAAAACUAAACCCUUAGAUGGAGUCAGAAGCAAGAGCAUCGAUUGCAAUUUGGACGAAGAUAGCAAUGCGCGAGCACCAUCACCUACGAAUUCUUCGAAUAAUUCUCAGCUACCUUCACUUUCUGGUAGUUCUGUUUCUGCAAAGGUUACAACGCAAGAGUCAGUUACAAAUAUUAGUGUUUGCUCUGACGCUUCGAUAGUUCCUCGUAUUUCUUCAACCCACGAAGAUAGAUUUAAUUAUGAAAAUAGUCCCGCUGCUUUGCCGUCUUACCGGAGCCCACAUGACUCUCUGCCGCCUCUUCCAACCGAAGAAUUGCUUGAAAGUAACCUGGAGUCACCCAACCACUUAGGACCCGACUCCGACGGUCACACCAGCUCCACCCCGUGUGCCAGUAGAUGGUGUUGUGAUCCGAGUUUCAGUAGCGUCAACGGCAGUGCCUUGAAUGACAACCAGUUGCUUUGGACCCCGCGGUCGCAAGUUACUGAUUCUCAGGACUCUAGUUAUUUAGACAUGACCCGAUCAGACGGCUCGACCUUCAACAGUUCUCUGAAUAUGAUGCACCAGAGUCGCGCCAUCAGUAGCGCGGCUAAUCUCACCCUUGAAGAACUGCGGACGGUAGGACGCUCUUACCCAACCACCUUUCCUGAGUCUGCACGGACACACUCCGACUCAGAGCUACACGAGUCCUACAUGGAGUCCUCCUCCUUUGUGCUUCCUUCAGAAAUACUUGAAUCCAUCGCCAUGACUCGUUCCGUCACAAUGCCUACGUACUCAACUUGCAUGGAUAAGAGCAACUUUCCUAAUGGUAAUGCUUUACCGUCCGCUGUAUCAUCUCCCAAUCCGAUUACUCCCAUCAUCGGGCCAAGCUCACGUAUCUCGACGCUGGCUACUAAUACGGAAACCGUGCCUACCCGUGACUCUGCCGUAUCUCUUAAUAUUACCCGUGAUAUUUCACCUUCCCCUGCUGGGACUACCACGCCGUCCCUCACAACGUUUCUUGGCUCCUCUAUUGCCUCUGGCGGAAGCAGCACAAGAACGCACGAGAGACUGCGGUUCCCGGUUACCUCUGGCAGCAACAACGUGGAGAGAUAUGACAUUAGAAACCAUGGAGCUGCUAGCAACGGAAGUCUGCCCAAUGGUGCCAGCGGUAACAUCGCUGAUGAAGUUCAAGUCUCGUCCAGUGACCGAGUGAGCUCGCCCCGUCGUCAUGUGACGGCGCCUCAUUCUAGAAUUAUGACUCCGGACAGCGUCUCUUCUCAACCUGAACUCAUACAGGCGAAUGGAGUUCAGGAUGCGGUAAUUCUUCGCGGUGGCUCAUCUCAAAAUAAUGGCGUGGCUGCACGGCUAAAAGGCUUUUUCAAAGCGCGAUCAAAGCACCGACUUGGUGAGGCUCGCAGACAAAACUCAGGCCACGCCUCGCACGACGCCGCCGGAGACCCGCACAACGACUACGUCGACGACCCAACCGCUGCUGUGCCGCGCCUCCCGCCAGCGACGGAGGCACUCGCCACCAACCUAACUAGCGAUGAACCUGUUUUGGUGACGUCGUCAUCUGCGGCUGACACUCGAGGCUCCGUCGUGGCUCACCGAAGCACUGACAGCUUGGCCUCAAGCUCCACUACUCAAGCCUCGUCUGCCACAACGAUCGGUACUUCAUUCCAAAGCACCUCCACCACUUCAUCAUGUCCACGGCAGCCAGCCAGGGCGUCCACAGCCAGCGAGAACCACUCAAAUCAGGAUACUCAUAACGGAUAUUUCUCCAAGAACGUUUGCCGUGACCCUAAUAACGGCAUCAUUUGUUCGACAUUCGAGGAUAUUGUAGUGAACGAUCAUCCACAUCGUCAGUUUGUUGACUCUCUUUUGAAUUCGGGUGAUUUUGAGCUAGAUGAUGAGUCUGCUCGAGGAGAUCCAGCCGAUGCAUCAAGACUUUCACCGGAUGCUCCACCCGGAGAGCAGACGCAUCAUCAUGACCGGGUAUGUUAAGAAAAACUGAUUGCUGUUACUCUUCAUGGAACGAUAAAUCGUCACUGCAUACCUAAUAUCGGAUAAUACUGAAAAAAGUUGUUGAAACUGAGUCAGUCUUUAUUGGGAAUGCAUGUGAAAAUUUACCGAUGAUAGGUAGAGAUAUUGUGCAGACACGUAUACCUAAAUCUCCAUUUUCGAGGCAAAAAUCAGCUGUAUGGAUGUAAAAAACCUUUGUUUCCUAUGCCUAAUUAUUGUGAAUUAUUGGAAAAGUUGACUGUUCUUCUAAGUUUUUGUAUCAACUUAAAUCUUCAUGGUGAAGUCAUCAAGGUACAUAUCAGUUACAAGUUUCUUCACGAAGUGUAAGCGUAUUCGAUGAAAGUAAGCGUUUUACACAAAAAUAAUUAUACUUACGUUUACCUCACAACGACCCUGUCGGCAAGUAUGAAUGUGUUACUCGGCCCAUUAAUGAAGUGCGUCGUCGCUCGCUCACAGCGUGAUCUCUUAUUUACAUUUGCAGCUUCUCAGACUUUGAGAAACGUUUCUCAGGUCCCUGUUUUGGUUAAAUUAUACCUUUUUAUGUUACUUGAGACUUACUUAGUUAAUUUUUUCGUUCUCUGAACUUAUUGGUGUUUUUUAUUGAUAAACUGAAACAAAACCUUUUCCUACGAGAAACCGAGCCCUGGCAUUGCAUCUACUUUAGGUUGAUUGAUAUUUCAUGCACCAACCUAAUUUUUAAAGCUUCAUUUUAAACGUUGCUUGAUACUUCUGCAUAGUUGCAGUUAAUGUGUAAAAUCUGCAGCUUUUAUUUGUGUAAUUACGUUAGCAAAACUGUUAAACAGGAGUCUUCUAUUUCUAGCGGCUCAGUAGAUAAAUUCUCAAUUUUUGUGAAUCGUUAGCUUAGGUAUUCGAUUCCUAAAACAUUGUAUUACAUCAACUCAUUUUUAUUUUUUCUUGACCUACUUACAGAAAAUUCAUCUUUGGUUAAUCAUUGGAAUAUUUUUAAUAA